GAAAGAGCUCGGAUUUGGGCAACUGUGAACCCAAAACUCCGCGGUGCCUUCGGCGCCCACUGAAGAAAAGGCGUCAGGCAUGACAAAGCAGAAGCGGCCCAAAUAUGAGACAGUGCAGUACACGCCGCCCACGCCGCAAGUCUUUGGCAGCGCGGUGCCAGAUGACCUCCCCACGAACCUGAAGACAGCGUCGGCCUCCUCCUCAUCUUUCAAUGUGGAGCGUCCAAGGAACAGACCCAAGCUCCAAGACCGGCUAGCGGUCUAUGAGGAUGACAACCCCCGCUGUCAGCAGAUCCUGUGUGCCGUGGGAGUCUUCUUCCCGCCACUGUGGAUGGUGGGGGCCAUCAUGUAUGCCACGACGCCAGCCACAAAGACGAGCACGCGAGAGGCUGGCUUCAAGAACUUGGUCCUCGCGAUCAUAUGCACAGUGCUGCUUCUUGCGUACGGCGUGUACAAAUUCUCUACCAAGACAGGCCACUCCCGGUGAGACGAGCUGGUUGCUUGCGUGCAGGCCGGACUCGCGUGAAGAUCUGAGCAAAAAGUUCGGCUAGCUCCUCACUCGCCUCGGGCAAUGAAUCGC